AUGAAUCCUCCAGAUAUAUUCUCCAAGGAAGAACAGGAAAGUUUACAAAAAACAGUGAAAGACAUCUUGGGCAACAAACUCAUCUUCUCGGAUUAUUGUCAAAACAUAAAGUAAGUUGUGUCUUAUUGGUUUAGAUUGGUGUUUAGAGACAAAGUGACGUCGAAAGAGAGAAAUAACAGAUCUGCUGGGCUAAAUCAACUGUCUUAUGUGGUGUUGAACUUGCCGAAAGGGUUUCUGAAUCAAAAUGAAGGUAAGUUUGGGUGCUGGAGGAUAGAGUAAUUUUAAAGCUUAUGAAGGUUUUGAAUAAUGGAUUGGAGGUUUUUUUUAUAAUUUUGUUUUAGCUAUGUUUUUGUUGAAAUUUUUGUCAGCCAGAUUUGACGAUUGUGGGCAUUCAGCUGAGCUUCUGGUGAAGGUGGUACACAGUUUGGUAGGUUUUUUGGACAAGCCUUAGUUACAAAAAGCUGCGGAUAAGAGUUUUUGAUUGAUUAACGUUAAAAAUGUUAUUUAUAGUGAAAUAAUUAAGUUUAAAGUCUAUUUUUAGUAUUUUUCGAUUCAAAGCUUUGAAAAAGCUGACAUUUUUGAAGUUUUCCACAAUAUUUUCGCUGAAAAUGGAGUUCAAGCGUACGCUCAAGUUGAUCGAAUGCUGUUUUUGGAGAUCAUGCAGCAUGUUGUGGACAAUCACUUUUAUGGUAUGUUUUUGAAUUCAAAUGUUUAUAAUUUUAGGUAUAAUUGGUCCCAAACUCUUCAGUUUUUAAAAUUUUAUUGGGAUUUUCCUUUUACAAAUAAAAAAGUAAUUUACUAAUAAAGGGCAAAAUUUUAGUGAUAGAAGAGUUGGGAGUUCAGUACUACAACAUCUUUUCGAACACGGCUGGCGGAGAGCGAGAUCCAAGAUGUUUGAUGAAGGUUUUUGGGAUCUUUAUUAAAGUUAUGAGACAAAUGGAUGUUGGUCCAUUCAUGGAGGACAUGUUUGAUCUUAUUGCCUGUUACUAUCCGAUUGAGUAUCAACCGGUAAUUCUAAAUCAUAAAAAUUAUAACUAUACCUUAAUCAAGAUUAUCCAGGUUUUGUAUUGUAAAAUAAGAAGCAUACUAGUCGUGAAUAUUACUAACCUUAAAGUAUAUUUAGCUUUACUAGUCUUGUGAAAAACUAAAUUAAUUUUUCAAAAUUUCAGCGAGAAACAGAUAAGAAUCCCCUGAGUCCAGAAGCUUUGUCAGCCGGCUGUGAGUCUUGUUUAGUCGCGAAUAGAGGAUUUUCUUUAUAUACAUAUCAACUACUAUUAGAUAAACUGUUAGAAGACGAUGAAAGUGUUGUUCAUGAAACCAAAUUAAAAAUAUGCCGGUUUUUGGUAAGGUUUUAAAUCUUAUUUUCAAAAAAAUUGGAAAAAUGUACUACUUAUUUAAAUAACGUUUGUUAAAACAACGACAUUUUAAAUGUAAAAUACGCUACUUGAUUUAAUAAAAUCUUUACUUCAGAUGACAGUUAUGUCAAAGUUUGGCCCAGGAUCCUUACUAGCCUUGACAGAUGAAUUCCUGGCUGCAUUCAGAAUGAUUUCUUUUAAUCCGAGAAGGAAGUCAUUUGAAGAAGAAACUGUAACUACAGUAGGAAACACGUUACAAGCCUUAAUCAACUGUCUAAAUCAACUUGAUUCUCCUAGGAAUGAAGAUGAAAUUGAAAGAGCUACUCAGCAAAUGAUUGAAAGUAAGGUUUUAUUACAUUACUAUUGAGAUAGUUUAGGUAAUAAGGUUUUUUUGUGUAAAAUACGUGUUUUUUAUUUUUUUCUGUUUGUAGAAAAAGAAUCAAAGUUUUACUAUUAGUGUGAGGGGACAAAGAAUUAUUUGAACCACCUAACAUCUUUUGAUUUUUUACUAAAUAUAGGCAGCAACUACAAUAUAAACUUAAUUUUUUUCAGAUUGUGAACCAUUUGUCCUCCAAGCUGAAAUGGGGUUGGCAGCUAAAGCUCUAAAAACUUUUGAAUACGUGGUUCUGGCCCAUAACAUUGCAGCAGAAUUGGCAUUACCCAAAGUUUUGUACUGGCUAACUGCUUUGAUUACGGGUAUUACGAUCAAAAAUGUGGAAAACAAGAAGGAAAUCCUAGAAGAAACGUUACCUUUGAUACCGGAAUGGCUGGAAAUUGGACUGAAAACUGGAAAAAGUAAGGAUUUGUAAGAAGCUUUCUUAAAAUAGUUUGAAAGUUGAAUUUUUGAUAGAAAAGAGGCUGUUUUUGUGUUUUUGGAACAAAACAAGCGAGUUAUAGCUUGAAAAGUUGCUUUUAACUUGUAAAGCUUCUCCGAAAUUUUAAAUAAUACAAUUUUGUACGUUAAAUUCACAACUUUUCUUGCACUUUCUUCCAAAAAAAACACUAAAAAGUGUAAAAACUCUUGUCCGAACGCUGCUCGCUCCCUCUUUUCCGAAAAGAAAAACAAAUGGACGUUCGUUUGGCGAGAGAGUGUCCGUGGGGGUAUAGCUCAGUGGCAGAGCAAUCGACUGCAGAUCGAUAGGUCCCUGGUUCAAAUCCGGGUGCCCCCUAACAUACUUUUUGCCACUUUUAAUCAAACCUUUGUAGCAAAACAUGUUCAAGAGGCUGUGCCAUCGCUUCAGAGUGCUAUAAAGAACUUGCAAGAUGUUGAGCCUGCUUUAUUACAACAAGUUUUGGCCGAAAUUGGCUCAAUUUUGCUUAAAAAUGAAGAACUUGGAGAUAAUUUGAAGAAAGAAAUUGAGAUUGUGCUGCAUAAAGUACUGGAAUUGAAGUAUGAGGACAAUGAAAAAUUGCGGUAAGUUUAUGAAUUUAAUUUUUGUUAUGUUUUUGGUAGUUUUUUCCAAAAUUAUGGCAUUAUUUUGGAUAAAAGUGAGUAUUAUAUAAUAUUUGAAUGGUUAUAGGGAAGCAGUGUCACAAUUUUUGGACGAAUAUGUCAAGAAGGACUUUGAAUCAGUUUGGAACAAAGUGGAAUCGAAUUUUAAGACCGUUGAUAACUGUAAGUGUUAAUUUGAGUAAAUAUUUUUUGAACUUUUAACUUGGCUUUAAGAGGGGCCCAGAAUUAAGUGUGUCUGAUAAUUUUAAAUUUCUUUUUGAGGGUCGGCCAAAGAAUUUUUGUUUUGCGGAGCUCUUGUGAGUACUGAAGCCGGCUUCGAAUCUUGUUAUCCCUUGUUUUUGGAACGGAUGAUCAAUAAAGGUAAGGUGAAAUUAGUUAUAAUGUUUUGUGACUUUAUGUAGUACUAUAUACUAGGGGAGUGGCUUUCUUAAGGUUGGAGUUGCGAAAUGAGACAUAGACCGUUGGAAAGAUAUUUAGUUUGAUUUUUACAGUUUUAUCGUUAAAGGGCUUCAAAGACAUACUCUACAUAGCUCAGAAUUCUGAAGCUCUGAACAACGGUUUUAAAAUUUUUUACCGAAUAACUCUUCAGGUAGUGACGUCAACCUGGCCAUAAUUGAAUUUGGCAAAGUACUGAAAAGUAACCAAGACAAGGAUGUUAAUGUUGUCCAAGACAAGCUGUUAGCACCAUUUUGUAAAGUGUUAGAAGUACUAUUAGAACAAAAUAAAGAAGAUGGUGAGAAAUUGAGAAAACUUGGUGAAAUGUUGCAGGAAAUGACAUUGAAAUUGAAUGAAAGGUAAGUAUUUUGGCAUAUUUUGAUUCUGAAAAGACAAUAUUUACUUUAGUAGCUACUAGAUAUACUAUAUAGUAUAAUUUUUCAAGUUUUAAACAUUUUUGAUAUAAUAAUUGUUGUUUUUAAAGCUUUUAAAAGUAAAUAAUAUUCAAAUUGUUACCUAAAAACCUAUUUUUAGUCAAAAAUCUCUUCUCCUACAAUGGUUUAUAUCAAAAACCCUUCAACUACUACAAGAUACUUCAAUAUCAACCAGUCAAAAACAAGCCCAACUAAAAGUACUACUUGCAACCUGUUUACAAUGUAAAGAUGUCAAUACUAUCACACAAUUAACGACACGACUUUACAACUUAUACCAAAACGAAAAGAAUGAAGAUACCAAGCCAGCUUUCUUGGAUGUGGUAUUUGCUUUAUACAAUAGGGGAGGUUCGUUUGAAAAUGUGGCGGAUAUUGAAGUAGAUGAAGGAUUACAGCAGGAAUUGGAUUCAGUUGUCUUGAGGAACGAAAUAUUAACCAACAGAGCGUUUCCGGGCGAGAAACUUAGAAAGGUAAGGAGUUUUGGCAUGGUUAAUAUACGUUUUUUUGUGAUUUUUUACUUAUAUAUUUUGCCCGGUUGUUUCGGUUUGGGCAGGGUAGUUUUGAGGGUAUAUUUGAACAAGAUAGAGCAAUUAUUAAUUUGAAUUUUAAAAUUUUUAGGUAUUACAAGAAGCGGACCAAAGGCAGCUAACUCAACUCUUAAACUUCGAUUCGACCUUGACAGAUCCGGACAAAAACAACUACAGUAAGACUUUUAUUUGGGCUCAGAGGAUAUUAACCCAAUUCGUACCUAUCUUCACCGAUGAAUAUAAGAAAACGACUGAUAAGAAAAAGCUCAAUGGACUUAUCAAACUGAUCCCAGCUAUAUUACAGUUGUCCAAUAGAGUCAAAAUACCCAUGACUAAUGAGCUCAUGGCUGUAAGUUGAGCUUGUCAAUCUUUACGGAGCUUUUGUAUCUUUUUAUGAGGCAUUGACGAUGAUGAUUUUUGUUACAGUAACCUAGUACUGUAGUAAAAAUUCUAUUAUGCAAAAAAUGAUGACAUAUUGUAGUAAGAUUGUUAAUGUUAUUCUGCUUUCAGCUGUUCCCAAUCCUCAUUACCUCCCUAAACGAAACACCAAUGUCAUCGCCAGACUUUACCCUACUGAUAAAAGCCAUCGUAAACCUGUUGAAGUUGACCAACAAACAGGACCUGGCAGUGGAUCAGCUGAGUGAAGUUGCAUACGAAUUCGAAAAGGUAUUGACAGACCAGGAUGCCACGGCUACUGCAACAUAUCAUUCAUUGGAAGGACUAGAAGCUGUGGGCAGAAGGGUACAAUCAUUCAGCCGCUUCUUUAGAUGGGAUCAGACUGUAUUGGCGAUCAGGAAGGCUACAGAAUCCAAGAAGAGAGUUAUCAGACAGAAGGCUGCUUUUGUUUCCAACUUAUGGUAGGUUACUGUGGUUCAGCCUCAUUUGUUAUCUUUAUUUUGAUAGCUAUUUAUUUUUUUUACUUUUAUGAUAUGUUACCGUAUUCUUAUUGAGUUUUUGUAUUGUAAGUUGCUAUAUUUUUACUGUAUUAUACUUUUUAUAUUUUUCAGGGAGGUAAUGCCAGCCUAA